GUUGCCGCGUGCGGAGUGUGUGCAGAGCUCACAGAAGUGCCACGCCACAGUGCUGCGGUUAAUCUUGUGCUGGUGCACUGACUGAGGUAAAAUUUCGAUCAUUUUUUUAAACGAAGAAAAGUGCUGCCGAGAGUCGAGAAGAAAAAAAAUAAAACGAAAGAUUGGAUAAGUGCAUGUCCGAGCAAGAGUCGUGAAAGAAUCCUUGUUGCAAGUGUUUUUUUUUUUUUUACUUCUUGCUGCAACACGGACGACAUCGGGAACAGCUAGUUGUACCGUUGUUUGAUUAAUCAUCCUGUUUGUACCCUGUUCCAACGAGAAAUCGGAAAGAAGCUUCCAUCUGUAACUGGAUUAUUACCUUUCAGCAAAAUUACCUCUAAAUAUAGGUCAUCGUCAAACUGCCUAUCAACAUCAGAAUUAGCAGCAGGUCGCCUCUGUCGGUGAACCCGGAAAUUACGAAAUAAUAUGAAGGUUGCAUUUCUCAUAGUGGCACUGUUGCCACUGCUGGUGCAGCCAAAGCCCGCAACCACAGCGUUGGACGACGUGGAAAUUGUGGAAGUCGUUCCAGCAACCAAAGACGAUGCCAUGGCCCGUGCCGAUUUGCUCCGGGCCAAACGGUCCGGAUUCAAUCUCGUUUCCGGUCUCAAGAGCACACUACUAUCGGGAAUAGGACGGGCGUCGGCCUCACUGGCGGCCAGCAGCGCCGGAACGGCUUCCUCUUCGCUCGCGAUGCACUCUUCCGGGGGGUCUUCUAGCGGGGGGUCGUCCUCCAGUGGACACUCGUACGAAAAACCACACGAAGACAGCCACUUUGACGGUUGGAGCUUGAAAAAGUCCAUCUUGAACACGCUGUUCCAGGCAGUCAAGGCCAUCACCGGUGGCGUCACGAUUCUCAAGGGCCAGCUCAUCAAGGGUUCCGGUUACGCGAUCAGUGGCCUCGGCAAGGUCGUCGCGUCCGGUGGUGAUGCCGUUUCGAACGUGGGCAAAAAGAUCACCUCGUCGGCCCACCUGGUCCCGGCGCCGUCGCACUCGUCCGUCAUUCAUCCGUUCGCCAAGCUGAGUGGAUCGCUGUCGUCUGGGUCGUCCAGCCUGAUUUCGUCGGCAUCAUCUUCAUCGUCCGGCGGUUCAUCAUCGUCGUCGUCAUCGUCCGGCCACCACACGGGACCGUCCAGUGAAAGCUUCACCAGCUACGAGGGACCAAGCAGCUAUGAUACUCACAGUUCGUCCCACUCAUACAUUCCUCCGAAGCAGUCUGCUCACUACAAGGCUCCCCUGACGUCGUACGGUACAGAAAUUGAGUCUGAUGGUAAGAUUUAUCUUGAUUAAAAACAUUUUUUACACACUGCCGGGAAAACGACAUCCGUCGUUGAGGCGUCCGACGUUCUGAGGCAAAUUCUGAACCAGAAAGUUCCCUCUCACAACAGUCCCUCGACAUCGACCGGGUACAGUUACAACAGCUACCACCACGCGACGGGACCGAUGAAGUACGAGAAGCAACCCAAGGCCACCCCAAUUUCCCAAUACGACAUCCCGAAUGAUCCCUUCCCCCCACCAUUCAAACCCCUGAAGAACAGCAAUAACGCUUACCUGCCUCCGUUAUACGGCGCUCCUCACGGACCUAUUGAGUCCGUUACGCAUUCGCAAUCGGUGGUGACCGCCUUCGGAGCACCUUUUAAUGGUGGCCAGUACCACGUGGAAUCCGAGUCGGAACCUCAAUAUCCACCAUCAUAUGACAUCUACCGCUCGAUGAGUGUCAAGAUGGCCGGUAAGAAAGAGAAGAUCGUUACACAUCAGUCUCAUUCGAGUCAUCCCGAUCCAAGAUCGAAGGUCACCAGCUAUACCACCAGCACCAACUCCCUGUCCUCCUACCUUUCCCCUCCGAAACCUACCGCACUGACCAGGGACCAGAAAGAACGAUUCCGUGACGAUCACCACUCCUCUGACGACGAUCACCAUUCGGUCCAUGAACAGCAACUGCACGAUCUAAGCCAAAAGUUCGGGCCGGGGAUUGAGGUGCAAAAAUCGCUCACAUUUGAAAUCACUGACCCCGUGGACGUUGCCGGAUUGACCCAACACAUCGCGAGUCACGACCUGGAACGACGAUCGGACGACAAGGACGGUCAUCUGAAGCCGCCUACGACGACGACAACAGCCAGUACUGGUGCCAGUAGCAGCUCAAAUGACCAAACAGAGAAGACUGCCACGUAGACCAAGGGACGACUGACGAAUCAACCAUUUUAGUCAUUUGGACUUAGUGUACCAUUGAACUCAAGCGCGCGAUAACGAGAUCCAGAUGAUGAUAACUACGCCAAAAUAAUUGUAGGCUAAGUCCCAACAAAAACAACAACAGCAAGCUGCCUCUUCUUAUCAUCGACGCAAUCAACGUGUUCCACAUUCCAGCGAUGUGAUCGAAACGCGAAACGGCAAUACUCAAACAGAAGCAACCCACCCCUCAGUCGUCGUCGUAGGGGCUGAUAUUAGUCAUCAUAAACAAAAACAACAACUGGAAACUCCGCCAGUCUGGGGAGCCGGUAGUUUUUCUUAGCUUGCCUUAUUUUUUUCGUUUUGCAACGAUGACUGCGUGCAAACUUGAGCUUUCCACCACGUGGGUUUGUGUGCAGGUGGAAAUAUUUACAUUUUUCACUUUUGAUUUUCACCCUUUUGUUUAACACGACGCCGGCUCGGCCACUAAAGUCUACGUUUUAGUGAAAAAUGCUCAUAUUUUAGAGGUUAGACAAUAGGGAAGCGGGAAAACAGAAAAUGCAUGAAUAUCAGACCGACUUAUAGAAAAAGUAAAACUCAAACAUAGUUUUAAGCGUUGAAAUGAUUUCCAGCGAAUUGCAUUAGACAGUGGAAUAGUAAGCAAAAAUGUCGUAGUGAUUGUGAGUUGAAAAGAAAAAAAAUGAAACCCUUUAUCAUUUCCUAGUGAACCGUUAUUUAAAUUUACUACCCUAUGCUGUUAUCUAUAGGUAGCAUUGUUGUUAAUGUCAUAGGUUACCAUUAAAUGGUCUGAAGGUGGUACUGUUUAGCGAAAGCAGCUAACACCAUUGUAUAUUCUCUUCUUUUUCUGUAUUUAUUUUUUACGUUUUUAGAAAUGGUUAAUAAAAAGUAAUGAAGUGUAAA